GGUACCCAUUAAUUCGCUUAAGAAUUUACGAAUAGAGCUUUAUUUUUUUGCGCAGUAAAUCGAUCAUCAUGCACGCGCCGCUCGAUCGUCCGCAUCCUGACUGCCAGGCUGAGAUUAAGGCGCUGCUCGAGUGUCACGAGAACAACCCGUACGCCAAGUUCUUCGGUGCCUGCGGCGAAGUGAAGACAGCGCUGGACCAUUGCUUUAAGAACGAGAAGAUCCGUAUGCGCUCAGAAAAUUUCAAACACGCCAAGGCAUCGGAUGCUUACGUCAGGCAGAAAAUGCAGGAGCGCCGCGAUCGCGUUGCUGCGGAGGAAAAGGCCAGGGAGGAGGCCAACAAGGCUGCAGCCGCCAACUAGAACCGCCAAUUACUACCACCAGGAACUCAGCACGAAACUGCGCUCAACACUUGGGAACUGUAUUGGAUACCGAGAGAAGAGGAAGCAGUUUUUGUUUCGUGUAUUGAUUUGCUGCGAAGGAAGUUAUAAUCAACGCAGCAGAACAGUUAGAAGCCUGUUGUAUGGAAUUCUCUAUCGAUGGACCUAAGAGGUCGAUCGGACUGACAGA